ACACAUUCGCAAUCCCUUUUUGCACCUUUAACAAUGCUUUUUAAUUUGAACGAAGACCUUCUAUAUAAUAUUUGCAAGUUCCUUUCUGCUGAUGAUAUUCUUUAUUUAUCCUUAACAAAUCACCUGAUCCGUUCACGGCUCCAAUCAAAUCAGUUCUUUGAGUUGAUGUACAGAAGCAAAUUUGGUCUUAACUCCAAUCCUAUUGGAGCAAACUGGCUCCAAAAAUUCAAACUUAGGGUUAGUAAACUGUCUAAGCUUUACACUUGGGGCUCAUCUGCUUCAGGUCGUCUUGGAUAUCUAGUAAGAAAUAUCCCAGAAGAGAAUAUAACUCACAAUAGAAAUGUCAAGGUGCCUACUAACUUACCCAACUUCAAUAACGAAAUCAUUAUUGAUAUAAAAGCUGGGGGAUUCAGCUUUCAGAUUUUAACACUGAAAGGUUUGUACUAUACUGGUGGGGAUUAUCGACAAUUCCACGAUAUUACAGCCCCUGGUCCAACAACUAGUGACUAUAAGCCCCCUCUAGAUGUUUCUUGGUCAACUGGGCUGAUACCAGCAACUUUUCCUAUGAUCAGAGGUCGUCAUCAUCAUUCUUUCGUUCCCCAUGGAUCCCAAACUCGUGCAUCUACAAAUGUGAAUCUUCGUCUGCCACCUGAGCAGCUUCCUCUGCUCAAUGAAUUUAUUACUAAUGCUAAGGAUACCUCAAAUCAAGCAAGUCAAGCCUCUAGUACGGGUGAUUCCAAUCUGAAUGUCGAAUCGAACUUCGUCACUCGAAUUCAACUCCCAAUUGAGGCCGGUACGAUAAUUUCGAUAUCAAGUGGUAGACAACAUUUCAUUGCGUUAGACAAUAAAGACCAGAUAUUCACGUGGGAUACCGGGAGCAGCAGCAUUAUCGGUAUCAGAAUGGCUUUCCCAGAGAUCACCCCUGCAUCCAUUAUUAAAAUCAAAUGCGGAUGGAACCUCUCUGGAUUUAACUCGAAAGAUCAAUUAGUAGUUUGGUACUCUCGUGAUCCACUUACAAAGCAACAAGUAGAAACGAGCCAAUAUUGUUCCAAUGCCAGUUAUUUAUGUUUUGAAGCUCCCGAUCUUAUUGACUUUCAUUUGGGAAACGAUUUUGUGAUUUUGCUUAUGCCAGCAGGAGCAUUUGUUUAUCCUUUUGAUAUAAUGCAUUAUUAUGGGCAUCAUCUGGGAGAGGGAAGAACAGAUAUCCCAUUUUCUGACUUAGACAGACUCGAACCUUUAAAUAACUGGUUAACACAACACAAUUCUGGAGGUACACGUCACAGAUUUUCAAAAAUUAAUGGCUGUUACAACAGUUUUGUUGUUUUUUGCAAUGGUAAACUGAUUUUGGGUAAUAAACGCACUGUUUACGAUGGAGAGAAUGUGGAAGAGGUCCAGCUACCAGAUGGAGUUGAAGCAGUCGAACUUGAAAUGGGUGAUUAUCAUUACCUUGCCCUUACUGAUAAAGGUGACGUAUACAGCUGGGGAAUCGAAUCUAAUGGGUGUGGAUGUUUAGGCGUUGGAGACUAUGAAGAGAAACGACAAGAAGGCCGCAAUAGCAGCCGGGUUAUGGAACCAGUGCGGGUCGAGGGCCAAUGGGUGGCCGUGGCAGCAGCGGGGUGGCACUCAGCAGGAAUUCGCGUUAGCAGUAGUGAGGAAGUUUUCUCCGGGUAACUAUUGCCUUCCGCCUUCCUUUCGCAGUGUCGUUUAAUCGUCACUCAAAAACAUCAAGGAUAACAUCAACUUUUGUAUUCUUUUAACAGAUAAACAGCAGGAAUGUCCAAAGAAACAGAAUUCCCUAGCACUGGCUCUGCUAACUUAUCACCUUCGCAAUCGCAUAUUACUCGAAAGAGAAGAUCCUCUUCCUUGAUCCAGCAUUUGGAACCUGACACCCAGGACACAAAAAUUGAUCAACAACUAAAUCCUAAUUUGAAUGCCGAUUGGGUUCAUUAUAAAGGUGCAUGGAUCGUACAUAUUGUGAUUAUUGUUCUUCUCAAGAUAUUCUUCAACUUCAUCACCAUAUUAGACAAUAACUGGAAAUGGACCUUAACAAACUUAACCUACAAUAUCGGCUCCUAUAUAAUGUUUCAUCAAGUGAAGGGUACCCCUUUCGAGUUCAAUAGCGGUGCUUACGAUAAUUUAACUAUGUGGGAGCAGAUCGAUAAUGGAGAUCAAUAUACCCCUACCAAGAAGUUUUUGAUGUUAGUGCCUAUUGGUCUAUUCCUAGUUAGUACUCACUACAGUUAUUAUAACUUGAAUUUGUUUAUAUUGAAUGGUGUUAGUUGUUUGUGUGUUGUGGUCCCAAAACUUGCUAUCAGUCACCGCUUACGGGUUACUUUGUAUUAGUCGAGUCAAGUGGAAAAGGGAAUGAUACAACACAUGCUUCAAAAUGAGAAGAAUCCUUUGUUAUCAUAAUCUCAUUUACUUUCCUUAUGUGAAUGAAUGGCAAGCUUCUCUAUAGUGAUAAGCUCGAUUUCCAAAUAAUAGACAACAAAAUCCUCAAAAUGACACAAAUUUCAUGGCAAUACCUUCGAUGUAAUUGCCCUUAUUUAUAUCGGUGAUUUCCACCUUAUAUCACUUUAUACGUGUAUAUCAUGUUCAGUAUUAAUAGUAAUUAUCCCACCAUUUAUAUGUGUAUUAUUGUGUGGUUGCUAGCUCAUUUGGUUGAGCAAAAAAUCUUCUACCCCUUCAAGAUCAUCGUGGUCAUGGUCGGUUUCAAUGGUUUUAGGAGGUGAAAUGAGGCUACCAUUUCCAUUUUAAGUACUUACUUUCAUACUUUGGAUUCAAACCGAACACGGAUAUGGAUACACAUACCAAAACUUAUCACAUCAUUAUAUAUGGAUUAUAUGGUUUCAAUGCUAUUCAUCUCUUCAACAAAUUUAGACUCUCCCCAUAUACCUCAAAGGUGUACGCCUAUAACUCC